AGGAUGGCGAGGAUCUGGACCUGGACUAUGUACCCGGAUCUGGGCAUUCAGAGGACGAAGGGAUCGACGACGACGCAGAUGUUGGUGCACAAUUUGGUAAUUUAGCCACCUUUCUGUGCCGUGCUUUUCUUUUCUACCUGUUAUAUAAAAUGCUAAUGUUACAACCUUCAUAUGGCGGAAGACCCGGAACUGCAUUUAGGAAAUAUCCAGAUCGAAUUUGCGAUGGACUCCGACCACGAAAAUACCGAAGAAGGUCAGGGUGACGGACGAACAAGAGUUUCUGCGACUCGAUUGCUGAACCUCCUAGCUUCCAACGGCCUGCGACACAUUCUCCAUUCUAAUGGAUGGCGAACGGGUCCCUUAGGGGAGGAAGAUGAAGACGCUGACGAUACCGAUGAUCUUGGGUUUUUCAGAUAUCGGAGGAGGAACAGGCGUCGAGCAGGAAGUGAUCAAUUUCCCAAGGUGCCAAGUGAUGCUGGCACCGAGUUGAUGGGAACCGGAAAUUUCGGGAGCAAUUCACAUUUUGUCGACGAGUUAAAGAAACGCAAAAAGGCGCUUGCAAUGAGACUUAUGUGGCGGGAAUUGGGUAUUGAUGUUGCUGGGGCACAGAGGAGGGCAGCACAAUCCAUUUCUCAGGGCUUGAUCCCUGAAUCAGUCGCAGACAAAAUCAUCCAUUUUGACUCACGAUGCUACUCGGGACAAUUCUCUGAUGAUGGUAAUUUUUUCUUCUGCUGCGCACAGGAUUUCAAGGUCAGAAUGUACGACACAUCUAACCCGUUCGAGUGGAAAUACUAUAAGACAGUGGAUUAUCCUUUUGGGCAGUGGACAAUCACGGAUGCUACCUUGAGCCCCGACAACAGAUUUUUGGCAUAUAGUUCAAUCCGCAAUCUCGUGUGUCUUGCUCCCACCGAUCCGGCCGAUGAAUCUGAUCCAACUAUCUUGGAUUUAUCCUCAAUGCCCGGAGGGAGACGAGAUCGAGGGAUGUAUGGAAGCUCACACUUUGGAAUCUGGUCAGUCCGAUUUUCAGGAGACGGUCGUGAAAUCGUGGCUGGCACAUUUGAUAACUCCGUUAUUGUCUAUGACCUUGAGACGCGACAAUCCGUUCUUCGCUUGCAAAAUCACGAAGACGAUGUCAAUGCCGUAUGCUUUGGAGAUGUAUCGUCGCCUCAUAUUCUUUACUCCGGAUCUGACGACACUACCCUGCGAGUCUGGGACCGGCGCUCAAUGGGUGACGGACGUGAAGCAGGAGUGUUUAUGGGGCAUACAGAAGGUCUUACCUAUAUAGACAGCAAAGGCGACGGGCGCUAUAUAUUGUCCAACGGCAAAGACCAGACAAUGAAGCUAUGGGAUUUGAGGAAGAUGAUGACGACCGCAAGGUUCGACACGAUCGACGUGAAUCGCUACACGACCGGAUUUGACUAUAGAUUCGAACCCUACCCCGAUGAUUACUACGAACCACAUCCGCACGACUGUUCGGUUGUCACGUUCCGCGGCCACCGUGUUCUUAAAACCUUGAUCAGGUGUCACUUCUCACCUCCGGGAAGCACCAAUUCGAGAUAUGUGUACACUGGGAGUGAAGAUGGCAAAGUAUAUGUAUAUAACUUAGACGCCACUCUCGCAGGGACGAUCGAUGUUGGCGUUGCGACUUUAAACUCCCGUCCACGCGAUCCGGAUAUAUUCACCACUGCGUACGAAGUCAGGAAUAGGGGGGAAAUGAUGUGGAGGACGUGUGUUCGAGACGCAAGUUGGCAUCCCAAUGCCCCAGUGUUAGCAGCCACCUCAUGGAACGGCUGGGGCUUAUCGACUGGUACCUGCACCCUGCAUUCAUGGAACGACUCUGCCGCGGAUGAUGAAGGAGACCCGACGAUGGGAAAGAGCUACGAUUGUAGGUUAGAAGAGAUCCCUGAGUUCAACCUCUACAGGGAGUCGGGGCAGGUCCGUGGUUCUUUUCCUGGCACCGCCCGAGGCUCACUGAGGAGUCGGCCUGUAAGAAGGCAAUAUAUGGAUGAUGAUGAUGAGGACGAUGAAUGGUAAUAUAAGCAUGGAUAUGGGAUGGCCAAUCAUUUAGAGCUGGAAUCUAAAAAUUUAGUAUACACAGAGGCCAAUAUAUGAUUGUCAAGGUUUAGAUGUUGAUAUUCGCGACUAACAGAGGUAUUGGAUGACAAAAAUAAGAGUCGCAACCUGCCCUUUUAAUAACUCUUGGGACAAAAAAGAAAACUUCAUAAAAACGAUAUUUAUACAGAAAAGCAACGCAUAGCUGUGAUAUCUGAUGUGAUGGCGAUUCGUCCUGUCACACGUCGCAUAUUGUGUCCAUAAAAUUGCCUGCACCGCGC